AUGAUGAAGUCUACUCUCUUUCUAUCUCUGUUUUCCGUAGUGUUUUUGGCUUUCGCUUCCAUUGCUCGAGCAGAUGUGGAAUUGUUGACCCCAGGCUCAGGGUCUCGAUGGGCAGUUGGCUAUACGUAUGCUGUGCGAUGGAAACAGCCAGCAGAAGAAUUUUUAGAAGUCGCACUUGAAAACAAGGAUCAAAACAAUACCGUUAUUACAAGUAGCGGGAUUAUCCCCUCGAACCAAACAUUUUGGUUUGUCAAAAUCGAUAAAAAAUGGUUGAAUAAACAAGAUAACAAGACAACCCGCAUCGUUGUCGCUCCGCAAAACGGCGAAAAAACAAAAGUACAGGUUGGUCCAGAGAUCCUUUUGUCCUCAUCUUUCUAUUGGAUGCACGUUGUUGACAAAGCAGCAUUUGACUAUAAUCCCAUAGACAAGCGACUAGCCAUAGGAAUUUCAGUUGCUUUAACCUGUAGUAUUUUGUUGAUAUUAGUGAUUCACAUCAGUACUCGGAAAACUCGAAGAAUUCUUGCGAGUGAACGGAAGAACCAACUGUCUACGUUUCGUGGAUAG